AAAUAAAGAAAAAAAUACAUAAACCCCAAUGUAUUUAAUUAGCUUUUCAUUUGUUACUAGAAUAACCUAGGUUUGGAAAACAUUUUUUUUAAUUCUGUGAUUAACUAGGCAAGAUUGCUUUUGCUGUUUUGUCUUUCUUUUUCUUUAUUUGCAUUCUUUUAUUCUUUUCUUGCAACUGAUCCAACUGGACUCACAAAACAGAAAACUGAAGGUUUAAUCCGACCAAUGGGAUCAGCAGAAUGUUUUUUUAUGUUUAACAUAAGGUGCAGAAGCAUACACUGAUACAACCUUGAAGUUCAAAGUUCCACAAAUCUUUUCUUUUCAAACAUUUUAACACAACAGAAAAAAAAUAGUGUGCAGCAUCCUCAAGUGGAAACUAACCUUAGUGUCAUAGUAGAGGCAGAGACAUUAGAAUGAACUCACAAUUUAGAAUCCUUAAUGAACUACCUCAAAGUGUUUGGCAUAAUUCUCACAGUGCCUGAAAUGUUUUCCGAUUCCCAAAAUUAACAUUACAACUUUGAUUACAACUAAAAAUGGCAAAGACCAAAAUAAUACAUACAAAAAUAAUAAUGCAUACCAAAACUGAAAGUUAUUUGCUUCAGAGCAUCAAUCAGUUGCAGUGCUAUCCAAAUCACACUCACAAACUGUUACAUUUGGCACUUGACCGAUUAAAGGAAUUUUAAUGAUUUCAAAUACAUUAGCAAGUUAACCUUGGGUUGAGAUGUUAAAGUAAUUUCAUGUUUAUGAAUUUUGCAAACAAGUUAUUUUCAUAUUUGCAGUAAGGGCUGUCACUGUGACUCGUAUGGAUUUGUUUUAGAUCCAUUGCCUAAUCCAAUGCACCUACAUGCAGAGCCCUCUGAGGUUACAUUGAAGAGUGCUACAGCCUAUACUGACCACAUCGCUUUACUUUGCUAUUUCACUGACCUUUUGGUAGACGUUCGUCGUAAGAGCAUGUGUGGCAAAAUGACAUUAGAGCUAGCUCUUUUUAACCAGCGAGCAGCUCCCACAAGGCACGAGCUAAAAGAAAUUAUGUUCUGCCACUACUAAUUUUAUAAAUUACAGACAGUUUGUCACUUUGUUGUUUUAUAUUGAUAUUGACAGGGCCAGAGAUUGUCAAAUAGUUUGUUUUGGCUAACCUCAGACUUAUUUCCUUUUUGUAUUUAGUAAUUCUGCUUUUGUGAACAGUCCCCUGGUCUUCGGUGAUUAAGAGUCUUGCAUCCUGAACAAGUUCUCCUUGCACAAAUUUAUAAACACAGACAGAGAGUGUGAAAAGGUCAGAAGUUGAAACAAUGUUUUAGAAGACCUUGGUCAAAUAAGCUCCACGAUGAGUCAUAUAGUUCAUCUGGAAAACAUUGGCUGUCUGCGCUACAUGCCUGUUGUCAAGAAGGUUCAAUGAAUAUGCAAAUAAUACACAAAAACAUACCUCAGUCUCUUUGACAGUAACAUUUUAACAAACAAACAUAUUUUACUCUGGGAAUGAGUAUUGCAUAAUAUUAGUCAUUCUUUUAAAUACCACUACUACUGCUACUACUACUAAUCAUAAUAAUGAAAAUGUCUAUUAUUAUUACUAUUUGUAUUUUUAUGAUAUUAUUAUUAAUAUUAUUAUUAUAGGCAUUGCAGAAAAAUAUGACAAGUGUUACACAAACAAUUAUUGUAUUCUAAUAAUUAGAUUACGAUAUUUAGAUUGUAUACUACUACCACUAUUACCAGUAUUAUUAUCUUUAAUUUUUACAUAGUGUUAAUAAUUAUUAAUGCAUGCAGGUUUGUACACACAUCUCUUUAUCUGCACUAAAGUUUUGAAAACAUUUUGACGAUUAAAAUUUUAUUUUAUAGUAUUUUUUGCAAAGUUUUAUGACUUUUAAAGUAAACUCGUUUCACUAUCUGACUCACUGAUUACAUUUUCUUUGGUUGCCAUUUAAUAAUAUUUUACCAUAGUCCUAAGUAUUGUUUUCAGAAACUGACACUGUGCUUCUGAUCCAAACCAAGGUUUGCAGAAUAUUCCUAGUAUUCCCAGCCUUCAGAGCACGUUCAAUUCAAUUCAAUUCAAUUCAAUUCAAUUCAAUUCAAUUCAAUUCAAUUCAAUUCAAUUCAAUUCAAUUCAAUUCAAUUCAAUUCAAAGAUACUUUAUUGAUCCCCACACAUUCCCAAGCCAUGAGCUUGUCAGUUGUGGCCUGUAGGCGGCGACGGCGAGUCCAAUUUCUGUAAAAACAACAUCUCACCUUCUUUCUUUAGUCCAAGUGCUGGAACACGUUUGAGUGACCAUGGAGCGCGUUUGCUGUCAUGUAGUUCAGCGUUAAUAAGCCGUGAAUAGUUGUAAACGGGGACCUUUGACAAGAUACGAGGAGCAGGACUCGAAGCCAUGGCCGCACGGGAGGAAGGAGAGGUUUUGCACGGUAAACUAAAGCACCACGACGGGGCUGGAAGUGUAAACAGCUCAGAUGGCUUCAGGAACGGCUAUGUGAAGAGCUGCGUCACCCCCCUGAAACAGGACCAUCAGAGAGGGUUUUUGUUCAGCUUGUGCAGGUUUUGUAACGAAGACGUCCUCAAUUCCAAACUGUUAAAGGUGUCUGCCCUGUACGUGGGCGCCUUUGCUGUUUUCGCCGUCUCUUUUCUCAUUUCCAGGAGGUUGCAAAGUGACUCGCUGUGGGAUUUGCGGACUUUUUUGCUGGGCUUCUCCCAGUCCAUCAGUCCUCUGUUCAGCAUAGGAUGUGCGUUCUUCUUCCUCACGUUUUACCUGAGGAGGAAGAAGAAGCAGAGCAGCAGAUCGUGGCUCCUGUCACUGCCAGCUUCAUGCUACCUCGGGGAUUUUCUGGUUCUGCGGUUCUUGCAAUGGGGAGAGGACCAGCACCAGAUGCAAAUGGUGGGCAGGUUGUUGUUCGUGUUGGGAUGCGUGGGGCUGCUCACGCUGAUCCCGACGCUCAAACUCAAGCACAGCGUGCUGGUGCUGGUGUUCGCCAGCGUCGUGUGGCUGCUUUCCCUCACAAGUUUGAGCGGUCUCCCCGCAGUGCUCAGACCGCUACUGGCCUGCUUUGCGGGGGUUUCUGGCUCCCUGUUGGGGAUCUGUUUUGACCGCUAUUACCAGACGAGGGAAGCACCGUGUGGGGUUUCCAGCGCAGAAGAAAAGGUCCCAGUGAUCAGACCGAGGAGACGGUCCAGCUGUGUUUCACUGGGGGAAACGUCGACCAGCUAUUAUGGCAGCGGUAAAAUGCCCCGCAGACCCUCGUUGCCCUGCAUAUCUAGAGAGCAGAUGAUCUUGUGGGACUGGGAUCUGAAACACUGGUACAAACCACAGUAUCAGGGUGCAGUUAGCGGCAAUGGUGUGGAUCUCUCAGUCAUCAACGAGGCCAGGAACCUUGUGUCAGAGCUGCUGAUGGACUCGUCACUGCCGCCAAACACGGCUGCGACUCUGCGCAGCAUCUCCAGCCUGAUGGGGACCUUUUCAGGCUCGUGUCGCCCCAGGGUCAACCCCUUCACACCCUUUCCAGGUUUCUACUCAGUAGAGGCAGAGGACUCUGCAGAGAGGAGCGACAGGAAAGGCAUAAAGGGUUUGAGCAGCAGAAACAGCCUCCCGACUCCUCAGCCCAGACGGAGUUCCACCUCCUCCACACUGUCUGCACUCCCUUCGCUCGACUCCACCUCUUCACGCUGGGAGCGUAACAAUGGAAAGAGACCACACUGUGACCUCAGUUUGACCAGCUCAGGUUUGACCAAUGGUCCUAAUGCAAACCUGCUCACCAUUCCCAAACAGAGGUCUUCCUCUGUCACUUUAACAUACCAUGCCGGGCCCAGAAGAACAGGUACAUCUCCCAGCCUCAGCCCAGUCACAUCACCGAGCCAUAGCCCUCCCACACUAAGUACAGGUUCCUCUUCGUCCCUCACCCCUCGGUCACCUGUGGAGUUCCCAGACACGGCGGACUUCCUGACGAAGCCCAGUGUCAACCUUAACCUACACAAGCCCUUGGUCCACACAGUGAGCUCCACCGAUUUCCAGCAGACCUUUCGUAGCUCUACCUUCUCUCUGUGCACCAGCUGUGGUCGUCAGCUGCUCAAGGGAAUUUCCAGCAGUGAGUCGGGGGACUCUCAUCAGCUGUUCAGCAGUGAGGCUCAACGCAGGCGCUCAGUGGUCGAAGGGCUGGAGUAUGCAGGGGAGGAUUUUAUCAAGGAAGAGCCAGAUGUGUCUGGAGAUGGGAAGCCAGAUGCUGAGGGAGACCAGGGGGUGGUAGAGAAGGAGAAGGAGUCCACAGUACAGCAAACUCAGAAAGCAGAGGGUGAACAGGAGUUCAGGCUUGAUCCCAUGCUGGAGGAGCACGAGGGUCUCAUGGAAAAGAUGGACACCUGGAACUUCCAGAUCUUUGACCUGGUGGACAGAACAGGAGGGAAAACCGGAAGGAUCCUUAGCUACGUGACAUACACACUUUUCCAGGAUAUGUGUCUGUUUGAGAUCUUCAAGAUCCCUGUGAAGGAGUUCAUGUCCUACUUCUGUGCUCUGGAAAGUGGCUAUAGAGACAUUCCCUACCAUAACCGGGUCCAUGCGACAGAUGUGCUCCACGCUGUUUGGUACCUGACCACUCGACCAAUCCCUGGGUUUCAGCAAAUCCACAGUGAGCAUGUGACGGGAAGUGACACAGAUUCAGAUAGUGGAAUUUCCCCAGGCAGGAUAUCUUACGCCACCUCCAAGAGCUCCUCGAUUUCAGAUGACAGCUACGGCUGCCUGGCCUGGAACAUACCUGCCCUGGAGCUCAUGGCCCUCUAUGUAGCAGCUGCAAUGCACGACUAUGACCAUCCUGGUCGUACAAACGCCUUUCUAAUAGCCACUAAUGCACCUCAGGCAGUGCUGUACAAUGACCGCUCAGUCCUAGAGAACCACCAUGCUGCAUCCGCCUGGAGCCUCUAUCUGUCGCAGCCCGAGUACAACUUCCUGGCCAAGCUAGAUCACGUUGAAUUCAAGCGUUUCCGCUUUCUCGUCAUCGAGGCAAUACUGGCCACAGACCUCAAGAAGCACUUUGAUUUUCUGGCUGAGUUCAACACCAAGGUAAACGAUGUGAACAGUCCAGGAAUUGAUUGGACCAAUGAGAACGACAGACUUCUGGUGUGCCAAGUUUGCAUCAAGCUGGCAGACAUCAAUGGACCGGCCAAAGUCCGAGACCUGCACCUCAAGUGGACGGAAGGCAUUGUUAAUGAGUUUUAUGAGCAGGGAGAUGAAGAAGCAAAGUUGGGAUUACCCAUCAGCCCCUUCAUGGACCGCUCUGCACCUCAGCUAGCCAAGCUGCAGGAGUCUUUCAUCACCCAUAUUGUGGGACCACUGUGUAACUCCUAUGACGCUGCUGGUCUGCUUCCUGGCCACUGGGUUAAUGAAUCAGAAUCAGAUGAAGAAGAUGACGAAGCACAGGAGGACACAGAUGAAGAUGAAGAUGAGGAAGAUGAACUAGAGAAUGAUUUGGCAACAGGAAGGACAAAAGGUCCCCGCAGGUUGUUCAGCUGUAUCAUGCAGCACCUGGCGGAGAACCACAAGGUGUGGAAGAAGAUUAUCGAGGAAGAGGACAAGAGCAGAGAGCUAGGCAAACAGCAGCAGCCGGACAGCUUGUCCACCUCCCCGUCAGAUGACAUCCAGGUCAUCCAGGAGGAAGAGGAGGGAGAGGAGCGUCAGUAGCAAGAGGGCAAAGUUAAUGUGCAGAGCGUCACGAAAAAGGAAAAGGACAUAAGUUCCUCAACCAUUUGCCUUUUACUGACACAGACAGUCAAUAAAUGCACAUAAAACAUACUUUGUUCCUGCUCUAUCCCGAACAACCACAUUAAAAAUUCACUGUGCAGACACUCAAAUGUUAAAGCAGUCACUUCGUUUUCAGAAACAAAAAGGCCUUACUACUGUGAGCGGAUCCUUACUGCAACGGUAGGGGCCCAACCCCUAUGCACUUUCAUCCCAUGGAGAGUCAAGUGCAAACAGACAUAAAAGCAGCAGAACCAUGGGUUAAGGUGCAAAAGAGGACUGAGGACGGGGGUCCAGCAUUAUCUUUUCCUCCAUGGUGAAUUGGCUGUGAUGCUGCCUUGAAUGCAAAGCGCUUAACACUUAACACCUCCUUUAGGUACAAAAUAGUUUCUGUUUAUUUAAAAAUGAAAUGAAAGGUAGAGGAAAAGUACUGAAGCAGGUGGUGUCCUUAGCCCUUACCAAAGUGAACAGUCCAACUAUGGGAAGACAGGAGACUGAAAGUCUUUCAGCCUCAGUGUCAAGUAUAUUUUAGAAUUUAUAUAUAUAUAUAUAUAUAUAUAUAUAUAUAUAUAUAUACAUUAUAUAUAUAUAUAUAUAUAUACAUAUAUAUAUAUAUAUAUAUAUAUAUAUAUAUAUAUAAACUAUUGUGCCUAUCUGAAACUUUACUAAGUCCAUUUUGGCCCAGAGUUUUGGCUUGAGAAGUUUCCUCUCCUUGCUGGUGACACGAAACACUGUAUCAGACUCAGUCACAGAGACGUUAUUGAAAUGUUGACUGAUUAAUAGCAUUAUAUCUGCAUCGUUUUUGAUGCUUUUAUUCAUGUGUACCACCCUACUAUCCCCCCACCUCCUUUAACUCUCUGUCCUUUUGUUUUGUUUGAGUGUGACUAUUUCUGACCGGAAUGUGACAGAGAGAAUGAGCAGGGAGAAAGAGAGCACAUUUUUAAACAUGUUAGUGUGUAAUUUGUGUGUCCUUGUGUGUCAUUUUAGCAAUGUUUGAUUUCAAAUCAGUAAAAUGUCCUCUGGCGUUUUGACGUGUUGCAUUCAGAUCAGGAGUGCUGAUUCAGUGAACGGAUUCUUCAUGUUCCUUUUAUUUUUUUGAUUACAAGUAUUUUUUUAAAGGUUACUCAGGAUUCAUGCAAAGUUGAUUAAUUAUUUUUCAAGGAUUUAUGUCAUUGAUAUGAAAUACACUUUAAAAACGAAAGAAAUUAAAAAAUCGGGGUGUGGAAGUAGUUCGUAAUCUCUUGAUGAACAACUUGACAAACAAACUCAAGCAAAUGAAAUCUUCUGUGGUAGAGGGGCAUGCAGUAUGUUCUGUCUCUUGAUAUAAUUCAUACGCUGUUUGCUAAAUCUUUCUACAAUCUCACUGGAGAAAAAGUUAAUCAUGAUUGUCAUCAGACUGCAAAUGUCUUUUCUGCAGCACCAUAGCAAUCAGUUUUGCAGUUCUCUAAUAAUAUAUUAGGUUUUUUAUUUGACAUUACUGAGGCUAGCAGAUUUUUUUUUCUCAACUAAUAGACAUAAAUGUUCCUCUUUUUAAAGACUUUUAUCCAAACCCAUAACUCAGCCAGUGUGUAAAGAAGGGAUGCUGGGUUUUAUGUCUCUGGUUUUGUUUAUAUACACACAUAUAUAAUAUGACGUGUCACAAGGCAGGUUAAAAACAUAUUCAUUCUCAAUUUGUUUUUAAAUUUCUGUCUAAACUCUUGGCAUUCCACUUAAUAAGAUAUUUUAUCAAAGGGAAGGCAGAAUUGUUACCUAGGUCUUUUAUCACCUUAUUAACUCAUAAUCGCUGCGGAAAAUGUUAAGCAAGCAGUGUAAGCUGAGUAAUAUUUAAUGACCGAUAAAUAAAUACCGUUGUGCACAUUUUAAUACCAAACAAGUGUUUAGCCACUGUACAAAAGAAUGUGUGCAUAUAAAUAUAUAUUUUUGAAAUAAUCAAAUGAAUGCAUCUGUUUUCUACACGAAGCUGACAUGUUGUGCAUCCAGUAAUUCUGACUUUUUUGUGUUUCCAGAGUAUCUUUUUCUAAAUGUGAAACUGUGGAGGAGGCAGGGUUUUAUUUUUUCACUUAGUUUCCGCCCCACAGCUCCCUCCCUGUUCUGUACCAUAACCACUCUUGUCUCCUCCAUGAACUCUCACACUGUUGUAUUGCUGGAUCCAACUAGUGCCAAACUUAACCUGCAUUCUGUCAUUUGUGGGCUGACGAGCUGAUCUUUCUCAUUUCUCCUGGCUCUAAUGCUGAUUGGGAAAGAGCAACACAUUUGACUCGGAUCCAAGUGGUAGUGACGGAGGCGAGAGUUCUGACGAGCCCGUCUUUAGUUUUCUCACAUGGACCCGAGCUGGAUCAUAAAGCCGUGAUAGCUCCUGACCUGACAUUCUGGCUCAUUAAGUUGUAAAUGGUUGUUGGCUUCUCACUGUGCAGUCUAUCAAACCACAGAGUCCUCUGUGAUUGUGCCAUAAAUACAUCUAUGAACAGUUGUUAUCCUUAUGUAGCAUCAGUAUACGUACGUUUGUCUAAUGUAACCAUUCACCCGUAUCUUUAAUGUGGGACAGCCGAUUUAUGUUGUUAUUUAUAGAUGCCAUAAAACCCCAUCCCUGAA